ACUGGCUGAAUUAUAGUUGUUGCUGAUUAUUGUUGUUGCUGUUGUGCUUUCCUGGUUGUUUCUCUUGGCAACGUGUCGCUCGCAGACUGUCAGCGGAAAACGAAAACACGCGCCAUAUGGUCUCACUGACGCUCGAAAUCCCUUGUAGCUUGGGCGGUCAAUCGGCUCCUCCGUCGCCACUGAUUUGCAAUGAACAAGGCUGAAGAGAAGGACCUGGUCAGACUGAAAACCACCGACGCAACGACAUGCAUUCACCUCCAUGGUGCUACGCUGAUAUCCUGGGUUUACAAGAAAAAGGAGCUGAUAUUCGUGAGUGAAAAAGCCAUCUUCGACAACAAGAAGGCUAUCAGAGGGGGAAUUCCCUUUGUUUUUCCAAAUUUUGGACCGUGGAGCCUGGGUCCUCAGCAUGGCUUUGCAAGGAUUACCAGAUGGGCUGUACACGAGCAACCACAUGCGGUUGCAGAUGGCGGCUGUGCUGUGACCCUGGCGCUCAAGGACUCUGAGGAGACAAGGAAGAUGUGGAACUUCAAGUUCCAGGUGCUAUACACAGUCAUCCUUAGAAAAAACAAUUUGGUCCUUGACGUCAAGGUGACUAAUACAGGUGAUGCAGAGUUUGCAUUCACAGUCCUGCUCCAUACAUACCUGAGUCUAACCGAUGUGAACCAGUUCUCCAUAUCAGGCCUGCGAGGCUGCCCCUGUAUUGACAAGGUGAAGCAGGGAGAGAAGAGCCUGGAAUGCGAGGACCAAGUGCGCAUCAAGGGUGCCACGGACAGAGUCUACUGCAAGACGAGCGACACCCACACUUGUAGCAUGGCAGGCAAGCCCUGGAUCAUCGUGAAGACUGACAACUUUCCGGACACUGUUAUCUGGAACCCAUGGGUCAGUGGGGCAGCUUCCAUGGCCGACUUUGGCGACGACGAGUACGUCAAGAUGGUCUGUGUUGAACCUGGAUAUGUGUCCGAGCCUAAGAAGCUACCUCCAAAGCAGACCUUUGAGGCUUCAGUCACCAUGGAGGCAGUGGAAUAACUUCAUCCGCUCGAAGGACCUGCAGCACACAUUCUAGUUCCAUGUUAUCGGAGAUGUGAUAGCUUUUAUUUCUGAUUCCUUUUUUAUUUGUGAAUAUAUAUUUAGCUUUCAGGGCUAGUGGAAACAGUUUAGAAUGGCAUCUUUUAUGCUGCUACUUUAUUGAUUGAGGUUUGUUAUAGUGAGUUAGCAGUUUGCAUUAAUCUUUUUAUUGGUCUUAGUUGGAUUUCUCAUCUGUGAUAGGAAAAACUAUUGGCAUACCUCGUCUUAGCUUUUGGCCAAGUAGAUUCUGCUGUUACACGAAUUGUUCUAAUGUGGAUGUAUAUUUAAUAGUUCUUUUUUUUAUCACCACUUGUCACAGUCAUAAGCUUGGUUGCCAGGAUUGCAUUCAACUUUAAUAAACUAUACUAUAUUAUCGGCAAAUGAAAAGUGACAUGAUGAAACACCGUGAAACACAAAGACGAAGAGAGGCAAACAAUAGAUGAAGUGCCGACCGUUAGUUGAAGUUUAUUCGGAAAACCCAUAGAUGCAUAAGAGCCCUUCAUUCGUGCACCCUGGCACUCAGAAAAGCAAUAAAUAAGCCAAAAAAAAGCAAAGGCAGAAAUUAGUGCUACCUAAGAGAAAAAGCAUGUCUUUGGAUUGUCAUAUGUCAUCAAGAUUGAAUGCUGCAGGUACAUAUACUUAUAAAUCUUUCUAGUCAACUUUAGUUGAGUCAGCAUGCUGUCUUGUCUUUUGCUUCUAUUCGUCUUUGUUUCACUGUUUCGUCAUGUCACCACAUCAACUCGGCUAACUGUCUUCUGCGGUGCAUCAGAAUUGUUCAUGUGCAGAAGCCGAGGGAGCUGACCACAAAACAAAGCUUCAGUGUUUUGGGGGGUUUAAUAUAAAAUGGAAAGAGACGUUUGUUGCGAGAAAAACGACAGUGCACUGAACAUACUGGUUCUCUCUUUUAUCCUGCCAGUUACAUCUUUUGUAACAACUAAUUAUUAGCAUAUUGCAGUGUUCACUUAUACCUAUGUCUGGUUCCAUUCUUUGGAUAUUAUUCUGCAUUUAUUGCCGUAAACUUUUAAAACGCCACCGCAGGAGUAAGUAUGUACAUAGUUCUUGAGAAACUGCAGUGCACCGCAUUUAAUUUCUGCCAAGUGAGAUGUUGAGAUAUAUAGUACGUUACAGAAGUUGCACAAGGGAGAACGCACAAGUAUUUAUUCUUUUGUCUGUGUCCCGGACAUGCCUUGUUUUAGGUUGUGGCCCACAAGAUGUUCAGAUGUGCCACUCAUACGACUCUCAAGUUGAAUAGAAUGUGCAUGUUCAGAGAUACAGAAUGAUUCAAACGUGAAGACGCAAUAAAGUUAAAUUAUUUCAAAAAGCUGCAUUCAUGAGUGGGGGGCUAAGGUAUACUUCUGCAAGACCUGCAGGCACCCAGGCACUUACAGAAAUUGGUUACUUUAUGCCUCACAUGUUUCAGACAUUUUGUUAUGUCUCAGUUUCAAUGACCAGAAACCAGAUGUCUCUUGCACUGUGGCAUUCAUGAUGUCAUGUUAAUGAUUCAUAAUUAAAGAAAAAACUUUUGUAAAAGUUUAUUUUUAGUGCUUUCAUACACAGCACAGUAAAAGGUGGUUUACCGUUCCUCCUUUCCCAUUGAUAUGAACUAAGGUUUAGGGAGUUAUACUGAGCUUUCCAAAGAUCUAUAGUUGCUAAUUGCAUUCUUCAAUGCCAUAAGGCAGAGUGACACUAACUCCCAAAUUUAUGGUGUACUAUCAUCUUUUUUGAGUUAUUUAUAAUUUUGCAAUAGCUGCUUCAAUAUAAUGCUACUUUCUUUUUUUUUCUGCUAUUAUAUUAUUUGCAAUAUAGAAUCAAAUGUUAAACAGAAGCCCAUCUAUCAUGGGGAUAAAUCUUAAUUUCAAACAUGGACAUGCUAAAUAUAAUAAAUGCGCACUUUCAGAAGCUUGACAUUUGAGGACCUAUACAGGUUCAUUUGUAACAACCAUUGCUUUAAGAUUUUUUGCUGAACAGGAGGACUGUGUGGGGCUUGAAACAUUUUGCUUUUCUUUAUGGGCUUCAUUGUGUGUUAUUGAUGUGAGCUUGUUUUAGCAAGCUCUUCUCAGAACUAUAGAGAGAACCUUCACUUGGUUGGAUAAGGUACAGUGUUUGCUGAACUUAAUAGCUGUGUGACGCACAAAAAUCACAGAAUGCCGCGUCAUACAGCAUUGUACUCUCUUAACCCUUUUGCAGUGUUAGGCACUUCUCUGGUUUCUACACGUAAACAUUAGUGCAAAAAACAUUUUGCUGAAAUUUUAUUUGAAAAGCUGAUGCUGUCUGAGUGAAGUGGCCAGGCUAAACACUGGGCUGCAUGGAGGGUGUAUUCAUUACACUGAUUCAAUACACCAUGUAAAAUUGCAGCUCAUGCAAAAGCAUGUCUGAUCAUUGUGUUGAACCAAAACUUUGCCAUUCUGGUCUUUGUUCCAGUUCAUCUCUGGACAAAGAAAAAAGAAAAAGCUGCUCAGACCUGUUUGGGCCAGUUUGUUUGCAUAGCCAAAGAAUAGUUGCAGGAUAAUGGCAUCAAUUUAGUUUGUACAUGAACUCUAUAGUGUUCCCGAGUAAGCGCCCCAACUAAGUUUAAAAAAGACAUUGUGGGACACGCCUCGGAAGCAAUACAUUAGUUCAGUCCCAUCUGCUUCGGUUUACAUAACAGUGUGAUCAGAAACGACCGCCUAUUUAGAAAGUGGGUCAUUUCAGCAAUAUUAUAUUGGUAUCCCACCACCAGACCGCUAUGUGAUGCUCACCAAUCUUCAAACACUUGUGUGUUGCUAACAUCCCUGCCUUUCAAUGUGCUAUGUUGAAAAGUGCACCAACAGUGCUGCCACUUCUAGAAAUGACAGCACCCUCUUGCAUAUAUAAAUGAGGUAGCAUGGUUUAGCCACGAGUGCUGGUAAUGCAAGCAUGGUGAGAAAUUACAGAUGGUGGGCAACCUGAACAUUUUCUUAUUUUCAAUUUUCUUUUGCAAUUUCAUUUUGGAGUGAACGAAAAAUCUUGUUCCAUUCUAGCUCGUGGAAAAAAUGUUUUUUUUUCCCUGUUGGUUCAGUUUUCUUUCGAUAGCCUGCAUUUGCUAAUUUUGCUGCGAGUGUUUCAUAUCGUGCAGCUUUGUAAUUGUUUGAUUACCAGCUGCAUUGAUACUCAUGAUGCAGCAUUCCUGUGGCACUUGAUAAGAAGGCAGAGCUAUCAGCUAUUUGUGCCCUAGAGCAAAAGAUACACGACACUGUGCUAAAAUAUCUCGGCAUCCACUUUGGCCCAGAAUGCACAUUUUGGGAGACAUUGGCUAGACCUGUUUCAUUUGUAUGUUUUCUACUUUAUCGCUGUAUUUUUUAUACCUCAGUGCAUGCAGAGCUCUUAUGCAUAGUCUUCCAUGAACUUCAGUGGCAGAGAUAUGGAAAGUUAGUCUGUUGAUGCACACAGAAGGGAUAAAGAACAGCACGAAAGACGGGAUGAAGUGUAGGAUUUUUACAUGUGUAGAAUCAAAUAUCUGACUGCCCAAAGAAAGGUACUAGUGACAUUUCCUUUGUGUCAUGCCUUUAUGUUACUUUUGAUAUGCAGUAAAAUUGAUUGUUGGUAGUGCCAUGUUUUUUGUCAUUGAAUUAGUCACGUUUUUUGUUUUUGUUUUAUUCCUUCAAAAAUGGCACUUAACUUGAAACACCUGAUGUCAUUGUUCCAAGCAGGCGCUUGAUCUUUCUUUAGUGCCGUUUGCCCGUCCUCACCAAAAAUUUGCUACCUAUAAUUAUGAAGCCCCCUGAUGAAACUUCCAAUCACAGAUAAGUUCGAAGUGAUAUUACUACUAGAAUAAAGGUAUAUUUGUAGCAUGU